AUGGAUAAGUUGAAUAGUUGGGAAUAUUGCAAUCCAUCAAAUUUUGAAGAUAAAUUACCUAAUCCUUACAAGUAAAUAUUUAUAUGACAAUAACAGUUUUAUAAAUAAGGUUUUGAAUACGAUGAUUUUAAACGAGGUUUAUAAUAAAAUUUUCGAAAUUGAAAAGUAUAGAGAUGAUCCAAAUUAUGAAGGACAUUUGAGAACUCUUCCUCCUUAGGGUAUAUUUGAAAUUCCUUAAUUAACAUCUAUUAGUAGAGAGAGUUCAGAUAAUUUGAUUGCUGCUGGUGACUCAUAAGGAAAUUUGAUGAUACUUGAUUUAAUUAAAAAGAUUAGGAUUGCAAAAAAAGAGACAAAUGGUAAACGUAUUUUGAUGGUAUGUUUAAGUGAUAGAGAAUAAGCUACAGACGAUUAUAGAAAUGUUUGUGCGUAUAUUUAUAAUAAUUAAUAAUAGGAUUGGAGUUAUACAUCAUAAUGAUCCUGUUGUUUAUAUAUAUCGAUAUAGAAUUAAUGAUAACAAAAUAUUACUUCAUCAUACAAUAACAAUGUCAAAAGAUAAUAAAUUAAUAAGUGAAUAUCCUGUGUAGAUAGAUAUUAGUAAAUAUUGUCAAUACAUAUCAAUCGCAUAAUUUAAUGGUUGUAUAAAAGUGUUUAGGAUUCCAGAUAUUAAAGUUGAGAAUAUAUAGAAUUCUAAUUAAUUAUCAAAUAAUAAUAGUGUGGAAUCACACAGUCCUAUUCAUAAUUAAAGUUUAUCAAAGGUUUCUAGUAGAUUCAGAGAAUUUUAAUAGAUUGGUACUUAAUAACAAAAUACUGCUAUACAAAGUUCACCUCUAGAUGUAGUUUGUACAGAAUUAUCUGAUUUGGUAUAUUAAGUAAAGUUUCAAGGUGUUAAAAAAUAAUUAAAUUAUAAUGGAAUAAUAGAAAAAAUGAAGACUGAAGGAUUUAAAGAGUAAUAAGUUUAAGAGGAGGAAAAAUAAGAUAUAAAGAAAAAAUUAUUAGCUCCCAUAAAAAAAAGUGUUGAACCCAUGAUUGCAGAAGAAAUAGUUUAUGAAGAAAAUGAUAAUUCAAUCUAAAUAAGUGAUGGAGAUUAUCCUGAAUUGAAAUUUAAAGCAUUAGUAGAAUUUGUUACUGAGAGAUUAAAUUUUCAAAAUGGAAAUAGAACUUUUAAUUCAUACAAAUAGUAAAUAUGUGUAACUGGAAUAGUAGUUGGAUGGACAAAUACUACUAUAUUAGAAAUACAUAAAUUUACAUAUCCAAGUAAAUCUGCUUUACCUGAAUAUUUGAAAUUUUAAUAAGCUUAAAAUAAUAUUCAAUAAAAAGUUAAGUAAUAAAUUGUUGAAAUUUAAAUUCUAUAUCCUUUAAGUAGUUUAGCAAUAUCAAAAAAUUCAAUUAAUUUAGGUGUAGGUUUAAAAUAAGGUAGUGUAUUUAUUUAUGAUUUAAUUUUGGAAUAAGAAAAGUUUUAUCUUGAUAAACAUGUAAGUAAUUGUACAAUCAUUAAAUUUUGUGAAGAUAAUAGAUUGGUAUCAGCAUCUUAUGAUGGAGGUGUAAAUAUUUAUGAUACUCAAGAAGGUAAAUUAUUAUGUAAAAGAACCCAUUAAUUUCGAAAAGGAACUAGAAUGAAAAUUGAGGAAUAAAAAAAAGGUUUAUGGAGAAUCAUAGGAAUGAGUGUUAGUAAUACUGGAUUAGCUGUUGCUUUAGAUUUUUAAUAAGAAGUUAGAAUUUAUGAUGUUUGGCAUGGUGAAAAAAUAGCUAAAUUAUCACCUUAAUAAGUUAUGGAUGAGAAAACAAGAAUAUGGUUAACAGAAAAACCAAUUAUAGCAUGUUUUAAAAAUGAAAUAUUAAUAUCAGCUUUUUUCAAAUUUGAUACCAAGUAAUAAACUACUUUGUUAAUUUUUAAAAUAUUUGAUAAUCUUGUUAAUUUAUUUCCUGCUCUUGCUAAUAUAUAUAGGAAAGGUGUGGCUAAAGAAAAAAUAAUGAACUUAUUUCAGAGAAUAAAUAAAUCUGAAUUACUUAAUGCAUCAUUUGAAAUACCAACUUUAUAAGGUCCUCCAUCUAAUUAAGUUAAGAAUAUUGGUUAAGAAAACAGAACAUCAUUUUAAAGACCAGGGUAUGAAUUUUAUUUUAAAUUUUAGAUCAAUUCAUAAUUCUAAUAAAAGUAAUAAAUUAAAUAAAUUACCAGUUGCUUUCAAUUAAAAUGUAAAAUAAUCAAGAGCUAUAUCUUUGAUUUAAUCAUUAUAAAAAUCAAAUUAAUCAGAAUAGUAAGUGGAUUUUAAUUCAUCAUUUUAAAGUCAUUUACCUUCCGCUUUUACAAAUAGAUAAUAAAAACGAAAUUCUAAAUAAGUUAUUCUCACUAAAGAAAUUCUUCAUCCAGAAGAAUUCCUUUUAGAAAAGGAGAAGAUUUAAGUGCCAUUUUUAGUAAAAGAUGAAUUACAAAUGGUGUAAAAUUGUAGAACUAGAAAUUUAGAAAAAAUAAUUAGAAUGGAAAAAGUUACUAAUAUGAUUUAAUAAGUUGGUUAAAAAUUAGCUAUUGAAGAGGAGAAGAAAAAACAAUAAUAGAGACAUCGUUAAUUAUCUGUUGCUAAAUGAAUUAUUUUUAUAAACCC